CUUUGCCCAGCGAAUCUGUCAAAGUCAUACCACUAAAGCAGGCAGUCGAUAGUGCGUAUGAUUUGUGUUUAGUUGGAAAGUGAAAUUAACGCGAUUUGGGGCAUUUCGCGACUUUAUUUGUUUCGCCGAAACGAGCAAACAGCGGAAUAUGCGAGAUUAACGAAUACGUAGUUUCAAUCGUCGUAAAAUUUAAUCACCACGAAAUUAACAUGAGACGCGAGAGAUGUUUUUUGCUGACGAUUGCAGUUUUUCUGCUCCUGCAGUGUUCGACGGCGAUGACGACGAGUUUGGCCACAGCGGCCAAGGCAGCGGCGCUUCAGACGAACCUUAACGCAACAGUUUCAAAAGUGAUUGAAUCGCUCGAGGAGAACACCUAUCGUGGCGACAGCGUUGUGGAGCAAUCCUCCAGCCAGGAGCAACAACAUGUGAAGAAAGCGAAAAUCGUUGCCCGCAAAGGCGUGGAUAUGAACAUGACCGCAAUUAGCUCGGCUCCGAUCGUUGCAUCGAAAGACAGUGAAGCUCAACAGCCGCUCAGCAGCGAUAAAGUUGGUAAUCAUAAUGCUACAACAGAGGUCAUCGGUAACGCAACGAUGGACAUGAAGACGAACAAUCAUAGUGCCACUACCAGUCUUACGCCAAAAGCGACUACAUCCACCACCACCACGACCACUAGCAGCACAACAACGACAACCACUAGUACCAGUUCUACCACCACAACCACAACCACGACAACGACUACAUCAACCACUACCACCAAACCUCCAAAAAAGCCAAAAGUCACCUUCUCGGUUGACGACGAACCAAAACUGCUCCAAGCUGCCAAACCGGGAUACAACGCUCCCUCGACUGCCGUGAGCGACGUCAACGGGCGACUCCACGUGGAGGAACCGAUGGCGGAGCUGUCCAAGGAAUACAUCGCCGCACCAUCGUCGCGGGGACACCGCGAGUACGUGGUUCCGGUGGUGACGCUAAUCUUCGCCAUCCCCCUGUUGAUGGGCCUAUUCCUGCUGUCCUAUCGCCGGGCGAAGGAAUUCUGGCUCACUCGGCACUACCGGCGGAUGGACUUUCUCGUGGAUGGGAUGUACAACUACUAAAGAGAGGGAGAACCAUCUGAACUUCAUCCCGUUGGCUACAAGUCUUUGGUCUUUGGCUCCGCGUGCUAUCGGAUAGCGCCGUGAGGGAGCCGUGUGGGAUAUUUAAGAUAAACGAGCUGUGGAAUUUUUUUAUGUAGCUAAGAAAAUUGUUAGAUUACAACAUAUCUGCAUUUGGCCGGUAGGAAUUGUUGGGUAUUUUCCCUUUUUAUUUCUCACAACGACCUUAACGAGAGAGUAUCAGUACUCCAGAUCGAGUCCUUCCUCGGAGACACCAAACGGUUUGGUGGAUUGAUUUUCUUAUUUAGAAAAGUGCCUUUUUGAAUGUACCGUACAUACAUAUAUACAUGAAUAGCCAAACGAGUGAAAAUUAGAGUUUAAUCGUACUGAAAUAUCUUCCGUUCAGAGUUGACCCGCGUAGAGUUAAGGGUUUGCUAAUAACAAAAAUAAAAAUAAAUGUAACUUCCUUCCUUUCAAGCGUUCUGGGGAGAUCCAAUCAUUUCAACAAAAUUGAAUUAUACACACGGAGUAAUUUGUUACUGUUUUUAAAUACCUUUUACUUUUCAGUAAGCGCUAGUGAAUAACAAAACAUCAAUAAACAACAUUAAUUUGCGAUUGA